CCAGCCAGCCCCAGCCAGCCAGCCAGCCUCUCUGAAGCAGUCCCUUCGACCCCUUCAGGAAGGGGCCGCGGGGUGGGUGGCCCACUUGUCUCCUCCCAGGCGGCGAAGAGCAGGGCAGCAGCAAGAGCUGAGAGGAGGUGGAGAAGAGCGUCCAGGCUGCAACGCGGCCGGGAGCCGUUGGAGGGCUGGCCAUGGGGGACCGCGGAAUGCAGGAGUGAGUGACAGGGCGCAAGCGGGCGGCUGGCUGGCUGGCCGGCGGGCGAGUCAACGGGACGCUGAUGUCCACAUCCCCGGGUCUAGGGAUGCCCUCUGCCUAUUUACUAGUUACACUCCUUGUAGCAUUGUCCAUCAGUUUCACCUCUGGGGAAACAGAAGUAAAGUUCACUGGACAAACAGAAUUUGUAGUUAAUGAAACAACUACAACAGUUAUACGCCUUGUUAUUGAAAGAACAGGAGAACCAGUGAAUGUCACAGCAAUUGUGUCGAUUUACGGUGACAAUACAGGUGACUUUUUUGAUACGUACGCAGCAGCUUACAUAUCUGAGGAAGAAAUUAAUCGAACUGUGUACAUUUCUGUGUGUGAUGAUGACCUUCCAGAGGCUGAUGAGACAUUCAUAUUUUAUUUGACAUUACAGAAUCCACUUCCAGGAGUAACGCUUGGCUUGCCCAGAGCUGUAACUGUAACAAUUUUAUCAAAUGACAAUGCCUUUGGAAUCAUCUCUUUUGAUAUGCCUGCCUUAAUCACACUGAAUGAGCCCAAAGGUAGGAAUGAAUCUGUUCCUCUCACACUACUUCGGGAGAAAGGUACCUAUGGAACUGUGACUGUGAUUUAUGAGGUAGACGGUGGUCCAAACCCUCCUGAAGAAGACUUGAGCUCAGCAAGGGGAAAUAUCACCUUUCCUCCUGGGACAGCUGUAUUGAUUUUUAACUUACUUGUUCUUGAUGACCAGAUACCAGAAGAUGAUGAAAUAUUUAUUAUUCAUCUGAGAAGUGUAGAAGGAGGAGCUGAAAUCAACACCUCGAGAAAUUCUGUUGAGAUUAUUAUUAAGAAAAAUGAUAGCCCAGUGCGAUUUACUCAGAGUGCUUAUAUGGUGCAUGAAGAGGAUGAUAUACUGAUAAUCCAAGUAGUUCGGGGUAAAGAUGAUGAUGGAAGCAUAAUUGGACCAGAUGAAUAUGAAGUUUCCAUUUGCUAUGUCAUUGUAACAGGGAAUUCAACAGGACAUGCACAGCUUAAUUUAGACUUUCUAGAUCUGCAGCCAAAUAAAACUGUUAUUUUCCCACCCCUACUACAUGAAUCUUACAUAAAAUUCAAAAUCAUUGAUGAUGCCAUACCAGAAAUUGCAGAGACAUUUCAUAUCAUGCUACUUAAGGACACCUUGCAAGGAGAUGCUGUUUUAACAAACCCAUCCAUUGUUCAAGUUACCAUUCAACCCAAUGAUAAGCCUUAUGGAGUACUAUCUCUCAACAACAUCUUGUUUACUCAGACAGUUGUUAUUGAUGAAGAUCAGAUGUUAAGGUAUGAAGGCAUCACUGUUGUAAGGAAUGGUGGAACACAUGGAAAUGUUUCGGUUUCCUGGAUUAUAACCCGCAACAGCAGUGAUCCUUCACCUGUGACUGCAGACAUCAUUCCAGAUUCAGGGGUAUUACAUUUUGCUCAAGGGCAACUGUUGGCAUCACUUCCUUUGAACAUCAUUAAUGAUGUUUUUCCUGAAGAAGCAGAGCCAUACCUGCUUAGAAUUCUGGCUCACACAAUACAGGGGGGUGCAGAAGUGAGUGAACCAGCAGAGCUUUUGUUCUACAUUCAAGACAGUGACGAUGUUUAUGGUGUAAUAAAGUUCUACCCUGCAGAGAAUCAGAGGAUAGAAAGCAGCCCAGAUGGACGUUUUUUGUCCCUUAGCUUUGCAAGACAAAGGGGAACAGUGGGAGAUGUGAGGCUGUCUUACACAGUCCUGUAUAUUCCUGCUGGGCCUGUGGAUCCUGAGCAUGCUAAAGAAGGUGUUUUAAACAUUUCGGGAAGAAGUACACUCUACUUACCAGAAGGAAAAACUGAAGACAUUGUAAAAGUACCAAUAAGAAAUGAUGCAUUUCUUCAAAAUGGGGCCCAUUUCUUAGUUCAGCUUGAAAAAGUUGAACUGCUGAAUGUAAUGCUUUUAAUUCCAUCUGUAAGCCCUAGACUAGGUGAAAUUCAAAAUAUAUCCUUAAGAGUUACACCUGACAUUGCAAAUGGAGAAAUUGGCUUUAUCAGCAAUCUUCCAGUAAUUUUACAUGAGCCAGAAGAUGCUAUUUUUACAAUAACCUCCAUUCCUUUGCAUCGAGAUGGGACUGAUGGACAAGCCACUGUGUUCUGGAGCCUGAUACCUUCUGGCCUCAAUCCAAAAGCAAUAACUAGUGAUGAUAUAAGUCCUUUCUCUGGCUCUGUUGUGUUUUUCUCUGGACAAAGUGACACAUCAAUCAACAUUACUGUCAAAGCUGAUGAUAUUCCAGAAAUGAAUGAGACUCUAACCAUGUCGUUAGACAGGGUGAAUGUGGAAAAUCAGAUCCUGAAAUCUGGAUAUAUUAGCCGUGAAGUGGUUAUUCUGGAAAACGAUUAUCCUGGAGGAGUAUUUGAGUUUGCUUCAUCUUCAAGAGGACCCUACAGGAUAAAAGAAGGAGAAUCUGUUGAACUCCAGAUUGUCCGGUCCAGUGGAACCCUCAUCAAGCAAUUUCUACGUUAUACAGUAGAGCCAAGAGACAGCAAUGAGUUCUAUGGGAAUACAGGAAUCCUGGAGUUUAAACCUGGAGAAAGAGAAAUUAAAAUUACAUUGCUUACAAGGAUGGAUGGGAUUCCAGAGUUGGAUGAAUCUUACUCAGUGGUGCUUAAUAGCCAUGGUGAGCUGCCAAGUAAGCUGGGAAAUGCCACAAUUGUCAACAUAACCAUCCUGAAGAAUGAUGAUCCACAUGGAAUAAUUCAGUUUAUUGAGGAUGGAUUGACCGUAACAAUGAAUGAAAGUAAAGGCAGAGACUUCUAUGCAGCUGUGUUCAAAAUCAUACGAAACCAAGGAGCCUUUGGCAACGUCACCGUGUCUUGGGCAACUUGCCCAGUUUCCACACAAGACAUCUUCCCAGAGCAAGGGACCAUUUUUUUUGGAAAUGAAGAAUUGUCAAAAAAUAUCACUAUAUAUUCAGUGCCUGAUGAGAUACCUGAAGAAAUUGAGGUGUUCAUCAUUAGUCUUUUCAAUACAACAGGGGGUGCCAGAAUGGGAAAUAUAACCACUGCAACCUUGCAGAUUGCCAAAAACGAUGAUCCAAUUUAUUUUGCUGAUCCUGUUGUUGUGAAGGUUCAUGAAGGUGGCAUUGCUAAUUUUGUAGUAAUGAGAAAUGGCUCUGAUGCUAAUUCUGCUUCAGUUUUAUAUGCCACUAUUAAUGGAGGAGCCACGGCUGAAGAGGGAGACUUCAUUUCUAGUGAAAAGAGUGGAAUUCUUUUCUUUGAUGUUGGAAUAAGAGAACAUAACAUAACUGUGUUUAUCAAUGAUGAUGAUACCCCUGAGUCAGAUGAGACUUUUUAUAUCAUUCUCUUCAACUCUACAGGAGACACAGUAGUCUAUGGAUCUGGAAUGGCAACAGUAAUAAUUGAAGCAAAUGAUGACCCAAAUGGCAUUUUCUCAUUGGAGCCCAUAGGCAAAGCAGUAGAAGAAGGCAAGACCAAUAUUUUUUUGGUUCUGAGACACAGAGGCUUCUUUGGCAACGUUUCUUUGGCUUGGCAGCUGUUUGAAAAUGAUUCUGCUUUGGACCCAGGAGAAGAAUUUUAUGAAGUCUCUGGGACUGUAUGGUUCUUAGAUGGCGAGUGGUCACAGCCUAUAACUCUUCAUGCAAUUCCUGAUAAAAUUCCCGAAUUCAAUGAAUUUUACAUGCUAAAGCUGAUGAAUGUGUCAGGUGGAUUUCCAGGUCCUGGUGGCCACUUAGCUAAAGCCAACCUUUCUGUCAUUGUGAUGAUCCCAUUCAAUGACGAUCCCUUUGGGGUCUUUAUCCUAGAUCCUGAAAGCCAGGACAGAGAGAUAGCAGAAGAUCUCCUAUCUGAAGAUGAUAUGUCCCACAUUACUAACUUUACAGUAUGGAGGCAGCAAGGAACUUUUGGAGAUGUCAGGAUUGGCUGGGAAAUAGUAUCCAGUACAUUCAAAGAAGGAUUACCUCUGAUGAUUGAUUGUUUAUUGCUUGGAAAGUUUUCAGAUUUGGUGCAGUCCUGCCCUCACAUGCGACGUCAUCAUACUGGAACAGAUGCUUUGUAUUUUAAUGGUGAAGUGGAUGCGUAUGGGAUUGUCGAGCCAGAGUUCCAUGUCAGUAGAAACAGAGCACUUGCCAACUUCACAUUUUCAGCAUGGGUGAUUCCUAGUGCCAAAAGUGAUGGGUUCAUCAUGGCGAAGGACAAUGGCAAUGGAACAAUGUAUUAUGGAGUGAAAAUCCACACAAAUGAAUCUCAUGUUUCUGUAAGGCUUUAUUAUACACCAAUGCAGUCAAACAUGACAUAUGUGGCUAAGAUCACAGUCAUGAAAUACUUAGAGGAAAAUAUAUGGCUCCACCUUCUGAUUACACUGGAUGAUGGCAUAAUCGAGUUUUUCAUUGAUGGAAAUCCUGUGCCUGGAAGCAUUAAGAACCUUAAAGGAGAAGCAAUUGCUGAUGGGCCAGGAAUAAUGAGAGUUGGUGCUGGCAUGAAUGGUGGCAGCAGGUACACAGGGCUGUUGCAAGAUGUGAGGCUUUAUGAACGUAAAUUGACUAAGGAAGAAGUGUAUGAACUUCAUGCCACUCCAACAAGGGCUGACUUGCACCCUAUCUCUGGAUACUUAGAAUAUCGACAGGGAGAAACCAAUAAAACCUUCAUUGUUUCUGCCAGAGAUGACAAAGAAGAAGAAGGAGAGGAGUUGUUCAUCCUUAAGCUUAUUUCUGUUUAUGGGGGAGCACGAAUUUCACAAGAAAAUACAACUGCAGCGUUAAGAAUCCAGAAGAGCGAUAAUGCCAAUGGUCUGUUUGGUUUUACAGGAGCGUGCAUUCCAGAGGUGUCUGAUGAAGGUUCUACUGUAUCGUGUGUAGUGGAGCGCACCAGGGGAGCUCUGGACUAUGUUUUUGUGCAUUACAUCAUUUCUCAGAUUGAUUCUGAUGGCAUUAGUUACUCUGUUGCUGAUUUUGCUAACACUAGUGGAAUGAUCACAUUCCUCCCUUUGCAAAGAUCAGAGGUUUUGAAUUUGCUUGUGCUUGAUGAUGAUAUACCUGAGCUGAAUGAAUAUUUCCAGGUGACUUUAGUGUCUGCUGUUGCAGGAGAUGGAAAAAUAGGUUCAACCCCAACUAGUGGAGCAAGCAUAGAUCCAGAGAAGGAAACUACCUACAUCACCAUCAAAGCCAGUGACCACCCUUAUGGUUUGUUGCAGUUCUCAGUGGGGCAGCCUUCAGUCAACAGUGAUAACAUCAUUCUUCCAGCCAUCACAGCACCCCACAUUACUGUCAAGGAAGAAAUUGGACAUGUCAGGUUGCUUGUUGUUCGAGCACAAGGCCUACUAGGAAUGGUUCUUGUACAAUACAAAACGGUUUCAUUGACAGCCUUUAGUCCUCAAGAUUAUCAGGGCAUUACAGGCACCUUGGAAUUUCUGCCAGGAGAAAGAUACAAGUACAUUAUCGUUAACAUUACAGAUAAUUCUAUCCCUGAGCUGGAAAAGGCUUUUAAAGUGGAACUGCUGAAUCCAGGUGGAGCAGUUGCUGAACUCUUUAAUGAAGGCAGUGGUAGUGGUGAUGGGGACUUGGACUUCCUCCUUCCUGCUGUCCAUCAACCUGCCAGCCUGGGAAUAGCAUCUCACAUCAUAGUAACUAUUGAAGCUUCUGAUGAUGCUUAUGGUGUAUUUGAAUUCACUUCUGAAUCCCUCGCUGUCAGUGGAUCUGAACCUGAGGAUGGAGGUGGAACGGUCACACUUGAGGUUGUCAGAAGCUAUGGUGCCUUGUCCCAGGUGACUUUGCAUUGGUUAAUAGUGCCUGAUGAUACUGAGGAUCUAGUUUCUACCGCUGGCAACAUAACUUUCAAUAUAGAACAACAAAAAGCAAAUUUAACAGUGCAGAUCUUGCCUGAUGAAAUUCCAGAACUAGACAAGACAUUUUCAGUUUGGAUCAUCAAUGUUUCCUGUGGACGCCUUGGAGUCCACACCAAUGCUACAUUAACAAUUCUUGCAAAUGAUGACCCCUAUGGGCUUUUAAUUUUCUCUGAGAAAAACAGGCCAAUCAAAGUUGAGGAAGAAGCCAAGAACAUCACCCUUACAAUAGUAAGGUUAAAAGGUCUCAUGGGAGUAGUAAAGGUUACCUAUAGAACCAUAGGUGAUGAGGAUGAAUCACCCCAUCUGCCAUCAAAUGUUGCUAGGGCAAGACGGGAACAAGACUAUCUGCCCAUUUCAGGAUUUGUAAUAUUUGCUGCCAAUGAAAGUGAGGCUACUAUAGAGUUCCCUAUUCUGGAUGAUAAUGAACCAGAGAAAUCAGAAUCUGCAUUUGUAGAGCUGCUUCGUGUAACACUGGUAGAAGGAGUCCAGUAUCGGCCAAUUUUAGAUUCUCCUCGCUUUGGAGCUAAAGGUGAUACUAUUGCUCACAUAAUUAUCAAUGCCAGUGAUGAUGCUUUUGGAACAUUGCAGUUGUCAGCAGCAGCUGUACGAGUUGCUGAAAAUUACAUUGGACCAAUAAUUAAUGUCACAAGGACUGGGGGGAUAUUUGCAGAUGUUUCAGUGAAAUUUAAAGCGGUGCCAAUAACAGCAACGGCAGGCGAAGAUUACAGCAUAGCCUCAUCAGAUGUUGUCUUACUAGAAGGAGAGACCAGUAAAGCUGUGCCAAUUUAUAUAAUUAAUGAUAUCAACCCUGAAGUUGAAGAGUCCUUCCUUGUGCAGCUGCUUAAUCAGACAACAGGAGGAGCGUUGCUUGGAAGCCUAACUCAGGCUGUUAUAACCAUUGAGGCCUCUGAUGAUCCAUUUGGAUCUUUUGUCUUCCAGAUCACUGAAAUGAGUGUUGAAGAGCCUGAAUUCAACACAGUGAGGAUAGAUCUUCCAGUUAUUCGCAAUGCUGGAACUCUUGGCAAUGUGAUUGUUAAAUGGAUUGCUACCACUAAUGGGCAACUUGCUGCCAGUGAUUUGCUAGAAUUCUUGGGCAACAUUCAGUUUUCACCUGGAGAAGCCAUAAAGAACUUGACACUAGAGAUUGUGGCUGAUGAUGUUCCAGAAAUUGAAGAGGUUAUCAGAGUGGAAUUAACUCAGGCAUCAAAUGGAGGUACUAUUGGACCAGAUGGAGUGGCAAAUGUUAUAAUUCCUGCCAAUGAUAAGCCAUAUGGCACAGUUGCCUUUCACCAAGCCUUGUACCGAGUUCAAGAGCCACUGGAGAGAAGUUCAGUUGCAAACAUAACACUAAAGAGAAGUGGUGGAAGAUUUGGUCAGCUGCAGAUUUUCUACAGUACUUCUGAAAUCGAUGUCAUAACUCUAGCAGUAGAACAAGGCCUGGAUGUGCUGUCCUACUAUGAAGCAGCUGUGCAAGGAAUUCCAGACACAAUUCAGAUGACCAGAGUGAAUGUUUCCUUAGCAAAUGAUUCACUGUAUUCUUGUGCAACUCUGUGCCUAAAAGAGCAAGCGUGUUCAGCCUUCUCCUCUUCCAGUGCCUUUGGAAUUCCUUCAUGCUUUUGGGUGGCAUCUUGGGGUGGUCCAGUAACCAACAACUCAGGAUUCUGGACAUACAAGAAGAAUCUUACCACUGUAUCCUCUCUUUUUAGUACACAAGCACUUGCUGGUCAUGAUUAUGAGUCUGUUACAAGACAAUGGAUAAUAAUGGCAGAAGGGGUGGAAUUUGCAAAUCUCACAGUUACCAUACUUCCUGAUGAUUUUCCAGAACUGGAUGAGAAGUUUGUCAUAUCUCUUUUACGAGUUGACCUGAUGAACAUUUCUGCCAGCGAUGAAAACCAGCCAACCAUAGGACAACCAAACUCUUCUACAGUUGUCAUACUAAUGAACGGAGAUGCCUUUGGUGUGUUUGUGAUCUACAACGUCAGUCCCAAUACAACUGACAAUGGUCUCUAUGUGGAAGUUCAAGAAUGGCCUCAGAACGCUGUGCAGUUAAUGAUACAUAGAAUAGAAGGUAGUCUGGGACAGGUGACAGUGGCGUGGAGCAUAGCAGGCGGCACGGCUACCCCAAAUCUAGAUUUUGUCGGUGAAGGAGAAAUCCUGAUUUUUGAAGAAGGUGAAACAAAAAAAGUAAUCACACUGACAAUUCUGGAUGACUCUGAACCUGAGGAUGAUGAAAGCAUUAUCAUUAGUUUGGUCCACACUGAAGGUGGCAGUCGUAUUCUACCCAGCUCAGACACAGUCACUGUGGUUAUUCUAGCCAAUGACAAUGUGGCAGGAAUCAUUAGUUUUCAGACAUCCUCAAGAUCUGUUAUUGGUCACGAAGGAGAGUUAUUGCAGUUUCAUAUCCUGAGGACUGCCCCAGGAGCAGGGAACGUCACUGUUGAUUGGAAAAUUGUUGGGCACCACUUGGAACAUAACUUUGAAAAUGUUUCUGGCAUGGUCUUUUUUUUGGAGAGAUCAUUGAAUGCAACAUUUUAUGUUCAUCUGUUGGAUGACCAUGUUCCUGAAGAAAAAGAAGAAUAUCAAGUAAUCCUGUACAAUAUUAGAACUCAAGGUGUUACUUCUACAGGAGCUGCUAUCUUGGACAGCCAAGGUUAUGAAGCAAUUUUGACAGUAGAGGCUAGUGAUGAACCAUAUGGAGUUCUGAGUUUUGCUUCUUCUUCUAGAGUUGUUUUGGUCCAAGAAGGAAAUAAAACCAUUCAGCUUUUCAUCAAUAGAGAAUUUGGAUCUCUAGGUGUUAUCAAUGUCACCUAUACAACUGUUCCGGGAUUUCUUGGCUUAAGGAAUCAGACCGAAGGGAUAUUGGCUGAACCAGGAGUUGAUUACAUACCCAUAUCAGGAUCAUUGCUUUUAGGAGAAGGUGAAACAUCCGCUGCCAUAAAUGUUACUAUUCUAGAGGAUGAUGUACCAGAGAUGCAAGAAUUCUUUCUCCUCAGUCUAAUGUCUGUGGAACUUAUCAUAUACCCUUUGACAUCUUUCCCUCCCAGACUUGAUGCAGAUGGUUUGGCAGCACAGAUUAUUAUUGAUGCUAAUGAUGGAGCAAGAGGAGUAAUUGGCUGGCAAAACACAAAUUUUGAAAUAAGUGAACUGAAUGGAAGUUUGACAUUGGUGGCAUUCCGGGACCGAGGAUCUUAUGGUAAAGUGUCCUUGUUCUUGUACGCUCAGAAUCUGGAAGCACAGCAAGGGCUGGAUUUUAAUGUUUCCUCAAGGAUUCUUUCUUUUGCUGAUGGAGAACGGUAUAAAUAUGUUGAUGUUAUGAUUGUUGAUGAUGAGAUUCCUGAAGGGGAUGAGAGAUUCCAGCUAAUUUUAACAAGUCCAUCCCUUGGGUUAGAGCUAAGCGAAAACACAACAGCCACAGUUACCAUACUUGCCAAUGAUGAUGGCCAUGGUAUUUUGUCCUUCAACAACAGCAAGCAUUUCUUUCUAAGGGAGCAGACAGCACUACAUCUGAUGGAAAGUGUUGCAGUACUAACCAUUAUCAGGGAACCUCUUCAGGGAAUAUUUGGAACUGUGACUGUCCAAUAUCUUGUGAGAGAGAUAAAUUCUUCUGAAGCAUCUGUAGAUUUGACACCAUCACAAGGCUAUAUUGUUCUAGAAGAGGGAGUCAGAUUCAAGACUCUACAUAUUACUGCCAUACUAGAUGCUGAACCAGAAAUGGAUGAACAUUUCAUUGUUACCCUGUUCAAUCCAACAGGUGGGGCCAGACUAGGCACAAGAGUAGAAACUGCGAUCACAGUGUUGCAAAAUCAGGCCCCAUUGGGACUUUUCAGUAUCUACCCAGUUUCAAAUAGGACAAAUUCUCUCAUAACGGAAGAAACCAACACUACAAUCUACUUUAAAGUAUCCCGGAGCAAUGGGAUCAACACAUCAGUGAGUGUGGAAUGGGAAACACUGUCUGAUACUGCAUUUGGGAUAAAGGGUGGAUUAAGUGUGUUGUCCAUUUUACAAAGUUUUGUAGAAGAAACAAUAUCCAGCUGGUGUUUCUUUACAUCAGGAGGCUCUUUAUAUGGCAUAUUGUUGCGAACACAUCCAGCUGUAAAUUCUUCAAUAUACCAGUGGCGAGGAGUUUUCGUUCCUGUUGAGGAAUUUAGUAUUGAGAAUCCUCAUCAAUGUAUGACAUUUCAAAUCAAUGGUUCUUCCUAUCUAAUCAUUACUCAUGGUGGGACAAAACAACGCAGACCUUCUAACAAUACAGUGUACUUCUUCACCCCUGAAUUACAGUUACUACAGAUACAGACCAUCUUGGUGCCAGAUAGCAGUGAUAUAAAGUAUUUCAGUUUGAACCAAAACCUCUACUUAAUUAUUGCAAGUUCUAUGCCUGAAUCCAAAUCUCUCCAGAUUUUCUUAUGGGAUAAUGGUGUCUUUGUAUUCCACCAUCAGCUGUCCAUGAAUGGAGUUCUAAGUGUGGACCUUUUCCCCAGAGGAGAUACUACUUAUCUAGUCAUAACUCCAUUAGACUCCACACAAACUCCUCUUUUAUACCAGUGGUCAGAUAAUAAAUUUAGAAAGCUUCAUGAACUGCCAAUCAACGGAGUAACACAAGUCAAAGCCUUCACUUCUGGAUCAGACAUCUACUUAAUUUUUGCAAAAGGGCCUAACAGUUCAAGUGAAGUUUUUGUGUGGGAGACAGGACAAUCUUCAUUCAGGCAUUUUCAGUCUCUUUUCAUCAGAGCUGUAAAUGAAAUCCAUACUUUUGUCCCACCCUCAGGUUUAGUCCAUAUGCUGUUUGCUAGCAAAGAUAAAUCAGCUCUCUAUUCCUGGAACUCAGAAAUAAAUCAGUUCUCUCUAUUGCUGGAAGCCCCUUCUGCCAAUCAUUUCACCACUGUCAAUGUAGGGUCUCUCAAUUCCAACAAAAGUCUAAUUGUUCUGUCUGGAGAUUCCUACACCUAUGUUUAUGAGCUGACUGCAAUCUCCAACCAGUCAGAUUUUAUACCAAGUUCAGGUGAACUGAUAUUUGAACCUGGAGAUAAGGAAGUUGUGCUAGCAAUCAACAUCUUUGAUGACACAAUCCCAGAGGAGGAAGAAUUUUUUAGAGUAUGGCUGAAAAAUCCAAAGGGAGGUGCAGAAAUUGGUCCUAAUGGUUAUGUUACUAUAAUUAUACUGCCUAACGAUGAUGCCCAUGGAGUUGUCGCAUUUGCCCAGAAGUCUUUAUUUAAAAAAGUAGAAGAAAUGGAACAGGACAUGAUGAUCACCUUGAAUGUUGAGCGCUUAAUAAGUACCUAUGGGCGGGUUACAGUACAGUGGGAGGCCAGUGGAAGCAUUAAUGAUAUAUUUCCAACUUCAGGAGUAAUUACAUUUUCAGAAGGCCAGGCCUUGUCCACAAUCACCUUAACAGUGCUUGCAGAUGUCAUUCCUGAAGUUGCAGAGACUGUGAUUAUAACUCUCACUCACGUCAGCACUGUGGGCAUUCAGGAUCCCAACAGAGGAGCAACCAUUGACCCAAACAGAGCAAAAGCUGUACUUUCCAUUUUGCCUAAUGACUCUCCUUAUGGUGUAGUAGGAUGGCACACAAACUCUGUCUUUGUUAAAGUAGCAGAACCUGAAGAGAAACCCACAAUUGUUACUUUAUAUGUUCUCAGAGAACAAGGAUUUGUUGGUGAUAUCAGUGUGCAGUUGAUAUCCCAGCCUAUUUUUUCACUCCCUCUUGUCAAUCAAGCCAUGGAAAAUGAGGAUUAUAGGUUGGAAAACAAGACUGUUAUUAUGGCAGAGAACAUGACAAUGGCUUCAGUACCUGUAGCCAUUUUGCCAGAUAACAUUCCAGAAUUACAGGAGGGAUUGGUAAUCAAUAUUAGCAGUGUGCAGUUGCUAGACUCUUCUCUUACUGGAGGGCAGCCAAGUGUGAAAAGGCUUGGCUUAGAUAUAGCUGAGAUAAUGAUUGAAGAGAAUGAUGAUCCCAGAGGAAUAUUUUAUUUCAGUGUUGCCAAGGAUAUGGGUGGGACCGUAGCUGGUUAUGAAGUACAACCACCAGAUAAUGUUUUGAAGCUACCAGUUUCUCGAAGGGCAGGAAAGUUUGGAUCGAUAAAUCUGUAUUGGGAAGCCACACCUACCACUGCUAGCCUGGAAGAUUUUACCCCAUCAUCUGGGAACCUUACUUUUGCUGAUGGACAAGUAUGGAGUACUGAUGGAGCAACAGGAUUUAUAGAGAUCUCCAUCCUAGAUGAUGACAUUGUUGAAUUUGUAGAGAUGUUCACUGUCACCUUACUCAGAGUGACAGGUGGUGCCAGAUUAGGGGAGGAUGUGCAAGUGACUGUCACUAUUCCACCAAACGACUCUCCUGUUGGAGUAUUUGGGUUUGAAGAAAAGCAUGUAAUGGUAAAGGAGCCCCAGUCAACUGAUGAUCCUGCUGCAAAGGUAUUUCUUACUGUAAGUCGGAGUCAAGGAGGCCAGGGAGAAGUUCGAAUUAUUUGGAUACUUGAGGAAGCAGCUAAAUAUGAUCUCACUCCUCUCAAUGGGACUCUUCUCUUUGCUGAGAUGGAAUCUCAGAAAACCAUAGUUUUACAAGCAAUUCAAGAUGAUCUAUUGGAAGAUGAUGAAAAUUAUACAAUUCAGCUGGUGUCUACUGAUAACACAGAGAUAUCACCAAUAAAUGGUGUGGCAGUCAUCACUGUACUGGGAGAUCAGGACGCUUUUGGGAUUGUUGGGAUAGCUUCAUCAUCCACCCAUAUUCUGAUUGGGGAGCCCAUGGGAAAGUAUAAUGGGACUGCUUUUAUUGGCCUAGUACGUGGGCCAGGGAUUUUUGGAGAGGUCACAGUCUCCUGGAACAUAACACCACCUGAUCAGAAGGAAUUUGCUGAGAUAUCAGGAUCUGUGAUGAUGAAAGACAGGCAGUCUUCUGCUGUUAUACUGAUACAGGCUCUAGAUGAUGAUCUCCCUGAGGAAAAGCAUCACUAUCAGUUUCAGCUAAGUGGUAUCAGUGAUGGAGGAACCAUAAAUGAGUCUGCCAGCACAGCAAACAUCACCAUGGCUGCUAGUGAUUUUCCCUAUGGGCAGUUUGCAUUCUCCCAGGAACUAGUGCAGACAAGCGAAGAAGAAAAAUGGGCUAAUAUUACAGUUGUCCGUUCACAUGGAUAUUAUGGGCAAAUUCGCCUCUGGUGUCAGGCAUUGAAUCGAACUGCAGUUGAAGGCAUGGAUUUUACUGUCAUGUUGAGAGAGCUUAUUUUCGAACCUAAGGAGACUAUCAAAACUAUUUAUGCUGAAAUCCAUGAUGAUGACCUUCCUGAAGGUCCUGAAGAGUUUUCAAUAGAAAUCACAAAAGCUGAACUACUUGGAAGUGGAUUUGAUUUUACGAUAAAAGAAAAUGGACUACAAGUUGACCAGCCCCCUGAGAUAGGAAAUGCCUCAGUAAUAAGAAUCAUUAUAUCAAAAAGUGACAAUGCAGAGGGAAUAAUUGAAUUUGAUCCACUUUAUACAAGUCUACAAGUGGAAGAAGAUGUUGGGGUGAUAAUGAUUCCAGUAGUGAGAAAACGUGGGAGUUAUGGCUAUGUGACUGCAGAUUUCACAUCUAGAAGUAUUUCAGCGCUUCCUGGUGGCGUUGACUACAUUAUAGCAAAUAAUUCAGUCAUUUUUCAUCAUGGCCAAAACCAGAGUUUUAUCAGUGUCUUAAUUAUAGAUGAUGAUGAAAGAGAAUAUGCUGAGCAGUUUGAAAUCCAGCUAAUAAAUUCCAGCGGGGGAGCGGUACUCGGGCUCCACCUAGUGACCCAGAUAACUAUUGCUAAAAGUGACUCUCCACAUGGGACUGUCCGAUUCCUCAACCAAAGCCGAAUGAUUCUUCCUAAUCCUAAUGUGUUAGUGACGCUGUCCUUGGUGCUGGAAAGAACUGGAGGAUUGGUAGGAGAGUCUCAGAUUGAUUGGGACAUUCUAGGGCCAAAUACAGAGGCAAUUUUACCUGCUCUGAACAGUGACAUUGGUGACCCAGUGAAUGGAUCAUUUUAUUUUGAAGAAGCAGAAGGAGGUCUGAGAAGCAUCAACUUGGAAAUUUAUCCUCACGGAGAAGUUGAAGUUCAGGAGACCUACAUUGUUAGGCUGAGCAUUGCAAAGGGUGAAACAGAACUAGAUCCCAAGGCUGCCAACAUUACACUAAUAAUUCUGAAGUUUGGUGAUCCCAAUGGAAUUGUGCAGUUUGCUCCUGAAUCGUUAUCCCCAAAGUACUAUGAGGAGCCAUCAGCAUCCAAAGGGCCACUGCGUAUCGUGCUUUUCAUAAAGCGAAUUCAAGGCACCAUAGGAAACAUUGUGGUUCACUGGGAACUAAGUAGUGAUUCAGAUAUUACAGAUGAUUUCCUUAUUACCAGUGGCUCUGUUGUAAUUCCUGAUGAGCAAAGGACAUCUGAGAUUGUUAUAUUCUUGUUGCCUGAUAAUGUUCCUGAAAUAGAUGAGCAUUAUGUGGUACAGCUUACCUCAGUGGAAGGAGGAGCUGAUGUGGAUCAGAAGAAAAGCACUUCUAGAUUCACUGUCUUUGCAAAUGAUGAUCCCCAUGGAGUAUUUGCCUUGUAUUCUGAAAAGCAGUCAGUACUGGUGGAGAAAGAUCUGAGCCGGCACAUCCAGAUUAAUAUAACUCGUCAUGCAGGGACUUUUGCAGAUGUGAUUGUGGAGUAUCAUAUUUCAUCUCACACUGAAGACAAUCUAGUCAUGCCAGCCAACGCAAUGGGACAUCUGCUAAUUAAAGCAGGUUCCAGUUAUGGAGUGAAGACAGUGCCAAUACGGACCCAGGUAUUUCUCUUCUUGGGCUUGAAUUUCACUCUGGAAUUGAACAACGUUACUCUUUUUAAUAUUAGUGCCAAUAUUGUGCCUAAACUUUUAGAGACAGCAAUGUCAGUCUCUGUUCCAGUUCCCAAAGAAGCUGCCAAUUCUCAGGUUGCCUUUGAUUCUGUUAUCUUACGACUUACAAAUAUUACAGCAGGAACAACCCAAGCUCUUAUCACUCGGAAAGGAGUAUAUGGCUCCAUCGCAGUAAUGUGGAGUUCUGGAUAUCCACCUGGCUUUACUCCAGAGUCCCUUCACCCAGGCAAUAUUACACCAGCUUCUGGCAUUGUUACUUUUUCCCAUGGUGAACCAAGCAGAACCAUUUUCUUUCAUAUUAUACCAAAUCUAAGUAUUCCUGAAGCAUUUGCUGUACAUCUGUCAGCUGUGUAUUGCAAUGUAUCUGGUGGAGCUCAUCUGAGAUCAGGUUUCACUGUUGCUGAAAUUGAGCCACUGGGAAUCUUCCAAUUUGCCCCUAACUCAAGUAACGUUUUAGUGAGAGAAGAUGUACAAAUGGUCAAAUUAUAUAUACAAAGACUUUUUGGUUACCAGAGCAACCUCACAAAACUGUUCUAUAAGACGACUGCAGGAAGUGCCAAACCACUAGAAGACUUUGAACCCGUUCAUAACGGAGAGCUUGUUUUUGGACUCCUUCAGACUGAUGGUGUGCUUGAAAUCUUGAUAAUUGAUGACAGCAUUUCAGAAGGAGAUGAAAUCUUUUUUGUGAAUUUAACAUCUGUGGAAGUUGUUUCUACUCAUCCGUUUGACCCGAUCCUGAAUCCACGUUUGAAUCCAGAGCUUAGUGUUGCAUCAGUUAUCUUAUUGGCCAGUGAUGUCCAUCAUGGAAUCUUAAGUCUUGGACCACCUAUUAUUUACACUGAAGAAGAAUCCAAUAACAGUACACCCAACACAGUUCUGGUUCAUAUUAGAAGGGCUCUGGGUUAUGUGGGAAAUAUCUCAGUAACUGUUAAAACGUUUGGUGGAAUAAAUGCUCAGAGUGGGGCAGAUACAUUCCCAUUUGAGGUUGUCUCUGGGAUUUCUAAUCUAACCUGGGCAAUUGAAGGAGUAGAUUUUGAGGAGCAGGCUCUGUCUGUGACAUUGCUGAAUGGGGAACAAGAAGGCCAAGUAUCUAUCAGCAUUCUUGAUGAUGAUGAGCCUGAAGGACAAGAAAUGUUUUAUGUUAUCCUCUCUGACCCUCAAGGUGGAGCUCAGAUUACACAAGCUGUGGAUGAAUACGGUUUUUCAGGUUUUGUCACAAUUAUUAUCAAAGGAAAUGAUCUUCAAAAUGGAAUUCUGGGAUUUAGUGAAGAGGCACAAAGUGGCUUUGUGCUUGAUGAAGAUUCUGAGAAAAGGAAAGUGCAACUCAUUGUCACCCGGCAACCGAAUAGAGCUUUUGAAGACGUGAAAAUCUCUUGGCGUGUGACCUUUAAUAGAACAUCUGUUGUCCUGCAGAAGGAUGGCACGAAUCUGGCAAAUGAGCUGAUGGCUGUCUUAGGGGUUACCACUUGUAAUGCUGGUCAAACAAAAUGCAACAUUUCUAUUGAGAUAAAGACUGAUAAUGUACCUGAAUUUGAAACAUAUUUUUUUGUGGAGCUCUAUGAAGUGGGUGCAGGAGCAAAACUGAACAAUAGUGCCAGAUUUGCCUACAUAAUAGUCCCAGAAAGUGACUCUCCUCGGGGUUUGCUCUACUUUGCUGUAGGGUCUCGUUUGGCUGUGGCUCAUAAGAAGACCACUUUAAUAAGUCUCCAGGUGAUUAGAGAUUCUAGCACAGCUCUUGCCAUCUCAGUUGGCUACACUACACAGGAGCUGAUGAGACCAGAAGCUGUUGGCCACAUAAUGAUAUCACCAGCCAUUUCUGGGCAAGAUUUUACCCGAUCUGAAGGAACGUUAUCCUUUGAAUCUGGGCAGAGAAAUGCUGUUCUGGAUAUAAUACUGACUCCAGAUACUGGAUCCUUAAAUCCAUUUCCUAAACGUUUCCAGGCUGUGCUUUUCAAUCCUACUGGAGGUGCCAGAGUUGAUGACAUCUAUGGUACUGCCAACAUCACCAUUGUAUCUGAUUCAAACUCUCAGGCAGUCUGGGGUCUGACAGAUCAGUUGUCCCAACCACUUGAUGACAUCAUUUUGAACAGGGUUCUCCACUACUUAAACAUUAAAGUAGUCACAGAAAGUACAGAAGAGCAGCUUGCUGCUGUGAUGCACAUCAUUGAUAAGAUAAUAUCUGAAGGGGAAAAGCAGGCACUCACUGAUACAAACCGAAGCCUCUUGUAUGAGAUCCUCUGUGCGCUUGCUAACCCAAAACGCAAAGAUACUCGGGGCUACAGCUUUCUUGCUGAUGUUACUGAGAAAUUUGCCUUUUCUCUCCCUGUUGGAGUAAUGUGUGGACUGCAGGGUGAACGAGGCAGAACCAUCCUUGAUCAUUGCCCUUACAUUGUAAUCAAGGCCCAUCACUGGUAUCCACAGCAAAUCAAUGGACACAGAUUUGAUGGAAAAGACGGUGACUUCAUCAGAGUUCCUGAACACUUGUUGGAUGUUUCUCGUUCUAAAGAUGAGAAUUGUAGGUUCAUUCAAGUCACAGAGUAUAGUAGUCAGCAAUGGUUUAUGAUGGGUGAUAAAGGAACUGCCCUAAAAAAUAAGAUAUUUUCAAUGAGUUUGAAGAAUCAGAGUCCACUUCUACUGAAAGAUAACAAUGAGGUCACCUAUCGGAUUUAUUCUACAGACAGCAGAAUUGUUCCUCAUAAGUCUUUGUGUCUCCUUUGGAAUCAGGCUGCUGAGAGCUGGUUAUCUGAUAGUCAGUUCUGUAAAGUGAUGGAUGAUUCCUCAGAUUAUGUGGAAUGCUCUUGUUCGCACAUGUCUAUUUACGCAGCCUUUGCACAAACAGAUAGCUUGUCUUCUUACAAUGAAGCCUUUUUCUCGUCUGGUUUCAUUGGUAUUUCUGGUUUCAUCUUGGCUAUUUUUUCACAUCUCUUCUGUACCAGGUCUUCAAUAUUUGCAGCUAAACUUCUUACUCAUAUUAUGGUUGCCUGCCUGGGUACUCAGAUUUCAUUUCUGGCUUCAGCUUACACAAGUCAGCAACUCUCAGAGGAAAGCUGCUCAGCUUUGGGCUCAGUCACCCACUACCUCUACCUCUGCCAGUUUAGCUGGAUGCUUAUUCAGGCUGUUAAUUUCUGGUACAUCCUGGUGAUGAAUGAUGAGCACACAGAGAGGCGCUAUCUAAUGUUUUUCCUUCUGGGUUGGGGUCUUCCAGCUUUUGUGGUGAUUCUACUUCUAAUUAUCCUACGAGGAAUCUAUCAUCACAACCUGUCACAGAUCUAUGGCCUGAUCCAUAAUGAUCUGUGCUUUAUUCCAAAUGUUUAUGCAGCCCUUUUUACUGCUGUGCUCGUACCACUAGUAUGCCUGGUGGUGGUACUUGUGGUAUUCGUCCAUGCCUAUCAAGUGACACCCCAGUGGAAAGCUUAUGAUGAUGUAUUUAGAGGAAGAACUAAUGCAGCAGAAAUCCCACUGAUUUUGUACCUGUUUGCCCUCAUUUCCAUUACAUGGCUAUGGGGUGGUCUGCACAUGGCUUAUAGACAUCUAUGGAUGUUGGUCUUCUUUGUCAUUUUCAACUGCCUUCAGGGUCUUUACGUCUUCAUAGUGUAUUUUAUUCUACACAACCAGCUCUGUUGCCCUGUAAAAGCAAGUUACACAGUUGAAAUGAAUGGACGUACGAGUCCAGGUUCUCCAUUCUUCACUCAUGGCAGUGGCAUGCCCCCAGCAGGAGGAGAGAUCAGCAAAUCUACUCAGAACCUUAUCGCUGCUAUGGAAGAGAUGCCAGCAGACUGGGAGAGGGCAUCGUUACGGCUGGCCAGCCAGGCGAGUGCUGCCUUUAAGCAAAGCCCACAGAAUGGCAGUGCCUAUACGACUCCUGGAGGGUUCAGCAGCAGCUCUUUAGUGGCCGAUGAAGAAUCACAAGAAUUUGAUGAUCUAAUCUUUGCUUUAAAAACGGGUGCAGGCCUGAAUAUCAGUGACACCGAAUCCUGCCAUGGCAGCCAGGAUGGAGGCCCCAUGGUUAAUUCCCAGAUUGUAGAGCUUAGAAGAAUACCCAUAGCAGACACUCAUCUCUAGUUCAUCUUUUUUAUUAUUCUAGUUUCCAUGUUUUUAUAUCUGUAUUUUUCUUUUGCACUAAACGAAGAAACAGACCCAACCACUACAUACAGCUGUGUAGCAGAUUGCUGUGAAUGAUAACAAAAAGGAUUUUUUGUUAUUGGUAGUAAAUGGGGGGGCAUUUUUUCAGUGGCUGAGCUGCUGACUUGGAUUUGAACCCACUAAUUUAGAUGUACAUAUUCCAUCAAGUGUAGACUAUUUUUUUAAAAAAAGAAUUAACCUGUACAUGCAUGGCUGUUCUAAUAAA